AUGUUACCCAAAGAGCCGUGGAAAGGCCUAUUAGCAAACACGCCGCUGCAACAUGACUACAAUGCGACAAGUACCGUAGAAUCGUGCAAUAAUAGACAAAGUGCCAAGAAGAAUGCGCGCUCGCAUCGGAGAACAAACAAAGCUAUCGCUGGUUAUUCACUGAAUUUAUCAGAAGAAGAAAAAUCUGUAAAUACUGCAAGCGCAAACCUCAGAAGCUUCGAGGGUUCUAUACCCGAAAAAGAUGAUUUUGUUGCAGUUGAGUACGAUGGUGAUUACUGGUCGGGGCAGCAUCUACCGUAUAAAGACGUUGAGCCAGAAAUCAUAGAAGAUGUUUCAGAGGAGGAUAUUGGUUUAGACCAUCAAUUACCACUGAGCAGGAAUUCCUCAGAUGAAAUAAAUGAGCUCCAAGAGAUGGAAGAAGAAAUUGAGUUCAACCAAAAACUUGCCUCAGGUUCCCUUGGAACAAGUAUUGCUGAAAAAGUGAAAAAUUCUGGAUUGGGAGAAGUUAAAAAGUUGUUGGUUAUAUCUGGAAUUGGAAAAUUGCCUAGUGAAAUGCGUAAGGAUGUUGAAAAGCCAUACAUGUUGCGCCUCGGUGACCUGGGAGAAUAUGUAGUCACUAUUACACGUAUCAAAAUUUGGUUUCUCAGACUGUUGAAAUACUUAUCCAAAAUACAUUGCAAAUGUAUCGGAUAUCUCAUGGGAACCGCUAAUGGCACAACCCUCAUACAUACCUCCUCACCUUACGAAGUCCCAAAAGCUACUGAGAAUUCAUACAGAAAAAUGCAUUCUAAAAUUAGGUGUUUCAACUGUCAAGCUUUAGGUCACACAGCUGGAAACUGUCAGAAGGAAAAAAUAUGUCCAUGUGGUAAUCCUCCACAUGAAGGUCCUUGCCCGGAGCCCAAAAAAUGCGUAAAUUGCGAAGGUCCACAUUCAGCAGCUUAUAUGAAUUGCCCAAAACUAAAAGCUGAAGCAGCAAUACAGAAAGUAAAGGUAAUGGAAAACAUAACAUAUGCAGAAGCAAAAAGAAAAGUAAAUAUAACCACUCCAAAACCUACUACGUCCUAUUCUGCUGCCGUCCAAAAGUCAUCAGAAAUGAACAUUCAGCAGAUCAUAUCAACAAUAAUUCCUCAUAUCGAAACUGCAGUUAGAAACGUAAUCUCAUGUUCUACAUCUAAGUGCGACCAUUUUAAAGCCCCAUCAUCAGGGCUAAUCUUCCGUAGAGAUAGAUCUGAUUCUGUCUCUACAAAUUUAUCGGCAGCGUCCGAAAAAAGAAAAAAACCAGGGGACUCCACUACAGAUGAUGAUUCAUCUGCUCUGGACCCCAACUCAAAUCCAACAAAAAAACGGGGCAGGCCUAAAAGGACUGCCCCGUUUGGCCAACCUUGUUAUUUUGAAUCGAGAAAACAGGGCCUUCUUGCAACUGCGAGUGAUUGGAUGCAGUUGUCUUGCAGACAAAACAACGCCAUUUUGCGACUGCAAGAGCUUGCAUGCAAUGAUGGUGAAAGCUGUAGCAUUGCUAAUUACCAGCGUAUAUAUGCAGAAUUGUAUCUAUCUCAAGAAAACCCCACUAUGGAGAACAGAACUCAAGAAAAUUUUGCUUCAGAUAAUACUUUGGAAAAAGCUAGAAGCAAUAGGCCUCAGCCUAGAUGUAGCAAGUUUUACACAAUGUUUUGUAAUAUAGAUCGUUCUACAGUUGUGCAUCUAAGAAAGAAAUACGUGGUGAUCAGAGCGACGUGGAUGAUUCAGAUGCAGAUCCAGAUUUCAUCAAGAAGCAUCCCGCUACUUACAAAAGUUCAACGAACAGUUAUCAUCUUAAUGAAUGACGAGCAGAAAGAAAAUGCAAAAAAGAAAACAAAAAUCUGGUAUCUGGCCUACUAA